AUGGGAAACGCGUCUCGUAAACAUCGUCGUAAUAAAACCGAUAAUUUAUCAAUAUGUACAUCGGUGAAUGAUGACAAUUCAUCACAAACAGAUAGUACUUGUUCCCACCUUCCUACUGAUUGGGAAGAAGCUGACAGAAUUCAAAUGGAACAUUUUGCAAUGAAACAUGCUUUUGGUGGUAAUUAUGCUGCUCCACUUUCUGAAAUUAUAAAACCCGGAAAAUUUCCUGAUGCAAAUGUAUAUGGAAUAGAUAUUUCUUCAACAUUUCCAGCUAGCAUAAAACCUCAAAAUUGCCACUUUCAAACAUGCAAUAUAAUCGAUUGUUUUCCAUUUAAAGAUGAAGAAUUCGACUACGUUUUUAUGAGGUACAUGAUGUUUGCCUUAAAAGAUUAUCAAUGGAUACAUGUAUUAAAUGAAAUAAAAAGGAUUUUAAAGCCAGGUGGUGUUUUUGAAUGUGUAGAUCGGGAUGUGCUUCGUGAAAUAGUAAUGCCUGACAUUUUAGGUAUCACUGUUGAAGAGUGGGAUAGUACAUAUGCUAAGAUAGAUAAAGAACGUAUCGAAAACCAAGACUAG